AUGGUUGGAAGGUAUUCUCGAAGCUACCAGCAUGAGUCUGACCAAACUGCGGGAGGCAGUGGAAGACAGAAGUGCCUGGCGUGCUCUGGUCCAGGGGGGCACGAAGAGUCGGACACGACUAAACAACUAAACAACAACAACCUUAAGCACCCGCCACCCAAAGAACAAGAAAGCUAUCUGUGCAUCUCCUUUCCCUCCAGCCUUCCCAAGGAUGGGCUCUGGGAACACCCGGCCUCAGCAAACCCAUCAGUGGAGUCCAUUGCUUCCCUCAAGGGAGGGGUGCUGUGUAUGGGACUGUAUGCCUCAGGGAUUAUGGAUGCAGGGGGAGCCUGGAUUCCCCUCUUCCAGAGGAGUCAUCAGCCCUUGGAUCCAAGGAAAUGGGUCAAACCAUUGAAUUUUGGCGAUUAUUUGAUUCUGUAUUGGAUAGUCAGAGGAAACAGUAAGCUACAAUUAUCUUACUGUUGCUACAAUCCCCUAACUGCUACAAUUUUAUAGACUGCUUUUCUGAGAUUCUUUGUUGUUGUGUAUGUCUGGUGCCUGUGUCAAUGGUCAUUGUCCUGGCCUUAGUUAGAGGCUGUGGUGGGGGCUUGGGAUUUUGGGGGAGUUGUUUAACUGCCCCCCUUCCUGGUUUUAACAGUCCAAAGUGGUGUUUGGGGGGAAGAACAGCAAGCAGCCCCAGGCCCACAUUUGCUGUGAUUUAUCCUUCAUGCAUGGCUUACAUCACAGGUAGGCAAACUAAGACCCAGGGGCUGGAUCUGGCCCAAUCGCCUUCUGAAUCCGGCCCACGGACGGUCCGGGAAUCAGAGUGCUUUUACUUGAGUAGUAGAAUGUGUCCUUUUAUUUAAAAUGCAUCUCUGGGUUAUUUGUGGGGCAACAACUUAAAGGAAAUCAUUAAAAGGGUAAGAAAAAAGCAUUAAACAACUAAGAAAAGUUCAGUUGACCAUUCCAGGACUAGCACACAGGAAAGUUUUUCUCCCUAUCUCCAAACACUAGAAGGCCCAUGAAGCUGAAUGUGGGGAGAUUCAGGACGUAUAAAAGGUUCACGCAGCCCAGAGUUACUGGGACCCCCUCCCAAUGGAGGAGGGGGCUAUCGAGGGCAGCCAUGAUUCGGAAUCCCAGCUGAUGGAAACGACAGGAGGUGGGAGCAUAGCUGUCAACUUUUCCCUUUUCUUGCGGGGAAUCCUAUUCAGAAUAAGGGAAUAUCCCUUAAAAAAAGGGAAACUGUUAUGUACUGAGUUGAAUAGGAUCCCAAAUGCAGCAGUCUGACUGGUCCUAGAACAAUAGGAUCCAGAAUGCAGCAGUCUGAUUGGUCCACAGGAGCCACCCAAUCCAGCUCCAGUGAAUCCGGAACCUGAUUGGCCUACAGGAGAAUCCCGGAAUUAGCCAAUCACGUGGGGCCCAUUGUGUAAAUAAUGUAUAUAAAGCAGACAUCUUGGGGGAACUUCCAUUCCUCACCACUAUGAGCUGAAUAAAGAGCAUGAAAUCCACACUCAACUCUUGAGUAUAUUUCAGAAACGUUGACAGCUAUGGGUGGGAGCGAUCUUGUGCUCAGAUCCUGCUUGCAUUGGGGUCCAUGGGGACAUCUGGUUGUCCCCUGUGAGAGCAGGAUCCUGGAUUAGAUGGGCCCCAGGCCUGAUCCUGUAGCCUCUGCUUAUUAGGAAAUGGGCUCAAUAGCAGGAGAAAUAUUAAGACCUGAGAAUGACUCUACUCUCCGUUUCCCCCAAAGGACACAUCAUUAAAAGACUUACUGCAUUUUAA